UGUUGUGUUUGGGCCUAAAGGUUUUCUGAAGAAGUUGCAUUGGGAAGGGUAAAUCACGAAAUGUCUUCUGAAGGUGACUCCACCAGUAAAUACAAAGAACAGUUUAUCAAAAAGAAAUUGCACGGCUUCCUCAAUGAUCUCCUACGAUUUGGAUGUGCUAAGGGAUUCAGGUACUUUGAUACGUAUUUAAGAGGCAGAGAAGAGCUUUUGCUGAAAGUCCAAAAUGAGCAGUCUUGCUCUGGUUACCACCCACUUGGUCGUUGUGAAAGCCAAGGGAUUGAAUGUGAAGAGACCAGCUCUACAGAUAGUUUCCCUUCAAGACAAGGUUUACCUCGUAAUAGCGACUCUUUCAUUCUAUCAAGGAAUUCUCAGCAAGUGCUUAGUGGUUUCCAGUUCCUAGCAAUUGGGUUGCCUCCUGCCAGCCCAUGUAGCUCAGAAAUUUCACCAGUUGACCAGCACACAACAAUUUUCUUGAUAGCGUCUUACGCUAGAUAUAAGUCUCCAUACGUGUGGGUGCGUACAAAUCAUGACCGAUUGAUUAGAUUGUCCGACGUUGAUUCAAGCGAGCAGUCAGUCGUGAAGGACAGCCCUCUUAAGCUGCGUACCAUUCUAGAUUGGUCAACAAAAGAUAUAAAGAUCUGGGACAUUAUUAGCGAGAUCGUUCGCGUAAAUGUGCAGCCACAGCCCCGUAAUCCAUUUGCAAUUGACCACUCGUAUUUUGACACCCUUCCACCCGAAGAAUGUAUCCUUGCUUCUGGUGCAAUGAUUCAUAUACUGCAGAAGAUAUUAGAAAAAGAAAGAAGCUACAAUUCAUUGAUAUCUGCGGAUCUUAAUGAACUCACAAAGCUUCAUUUCAAGGAACUACAAGCGUGGUCUUGCACAUCGAUGACACCAAGAUCUCGCAUAGUAGAUGAACCUUCAGAAAGUUACAAUAAGAAUCAAUAUUCUAAUGAAAGUCGUGGAUUUCAGGGAUCAGCCGCACCCUUUUAUAGAUGAAAGGACUGAAGAAUCAUUUUAUUAGCUAUUUAUAAUGAAAUGUUGUUUAUUUAUUUGAAGAAAUUUGUAAAAGUAGCUUGCGUCGUCAAUUUGUUUUAAAUUCGGAUAUUCAUUUGAUCGAAGACAAAGCUCCAAGGUAAAAACUUAAAAA